CGUUUACGUUUUGUCUUACUGGUCGGUGCGGGCGGCCAUGUUGGAGGUGGCGGGGAGAGUUCCAGGAGCCCAUGUGUUACCGGUUCUGGCUGUACGGACCCUGAUCCCCGGAUCCCGGGCCCCCAGGCCGUGAGAUGACGAGCGCCCUGUUUAGCAGCGAUGGCGCAGACGUCAUCCGGCGGGAGCUGAUUCCUCCGGAUCCCGGUGAUCAUGUGACUGCUGACGCUACACCCGACGAUGAUUACGAAAUUCAGAGGAGCGUCGACUUUAUUAAGAAAAAGGCGGCAAAAAAGGUGGCGCUGCAGUUUCCGGAUGAUCUCCUCGUCGUCUCUGUCACAGUUGCCAGAAAACUGGAGGAAGCUUCAGGGGCCAAAGUCUACAUCCUUGGGGACACAACUUAUGGCAGCUGCUGUGUGGACGAGGUGGCGGCAGAACAUGUCGGCGCUGACGCCCUCAUUCAUUACGGACGAGCCUGUCUGAGCCCCUGCCGGCGACUUCCUGUCACUUACGUAUUUGGACGUAAAGCUGUGGAUGUGGAUCUCUGUGCCGAGGCUUUCCGCAACUUGUUCCCUGAUGGCGACGCUCCGGUCGUAGUCUUCAGUGAUGUCGUGUACGAUCACAUUCUAGGGCAGCUGGAAAUGCGUCUUAAAGCGACUUUUCCCCGCGCCAUCUUUUCUAAACUGUCCUGGCAGGAGGAGGCGCCCUCUACUGGUGAGGUUUAUAAGUUCGGCAGGAAGUUCUCUCCUGACCCCAGUCUCUGGCCGGACGGCUACAGCUUCUUCUUUGUGGGCGGUGAAGGGGCGACGCUCAGUAACCUCCUCCUGACAUGGCCGCACUGCGCCUUCUUCAGCUUCAACCCCGCGACCAAUGAGUCCAGGAGGGAAGGCGUCCACGUCAACCGGGCGCUCAUGAAGCGCUUCUACCUGAUAGAGAGGGCGCGGGACGCCCAGGUGGUGGGGAUACUGGUGGGCACUCUGGGGGUCUCCGAUUACCUUUCCGCCCUGUCGCACCUGAAGAGCCUUAUCCGCCGGGCCGGGAAGAAGAGCUACAUGUUGUCUAUGGGGAAGCCCAACCCGGCCAAGCUGGCCAACUUCCCGGAGGUGGACAUCUUCGUCCUGGUGGCCUGUCCCGAAAACUCUCUGCUGGACUCCUCGGAGUUCUACCGCCCGAUCGUCACCCUGGAUGAGAUGGAGGUGGCCUGUAAUCCGGCGCGAGAGUGGGGCGGCCGAUGCAUCACCGACUUCCGAGAAUUACUGCCAGGUGGUCCAGCUCAUGUGGCGUUCCCGAAGAUUAACCCUGAAGAUGCUGAACGGACAGAUGUCUCCCUGAUCACGGGGGAGCUGAGGUCUUUACUAUUCUUAUCAUCCGCGGAGAAAGGAUCAGAGGAGGAGCCCAGGACGUCCCUGGUACAAAGGAACAGCACUACUGCAGUGGCGGAGCUGGGACCUGCAGCAUCUUUCCUGUCUUCCCGGAGCUGGCAUGGACUGGACAAGGCUCUAGGACAGACGCCGGUGGUGAGAGCCGUGGAGGGGCGGAGAGGGAUCGCUAUAGCCUAUGAGGAUGAAGUGAACGGCUGAUGGGAGUAGUAGUGCUCACCGCCUCGAUGGACGUGAUAAGGAUUCUCUGUGACCGGUGCCAUGUGUGCAGGGAGGUUGUCACACACAGGGGAUGCGGGGAGGUUGUGACACACAGGGGAUGCGGGGAGGUUGUCACACACAGGGGAUGCGGGGAGGUUGUCACACACAG